ACGAUAUGUCGACGGUAAAUAAUGGAUUUGACGCAUCCGGGAUGGAUAUUCAGACGAAAAUAUCAACACAAGGAGUCUGCAGAACAAAAAGAACCCAAAGAUGGACGAGAAGAUGCUGGUUAAUAAUGACGAUAUGCUGUUGGAUGACAAUUACCGUGAGAUCUACUGUUGCGACAAACUCGUCAGCAGGACCAUCGACGCUAAGGCCAGCAACGACCGAGAUAGUUUAUCAGAGAUUUGCAAUAGAGCCUCAGGAUCAGACAGCCGUUAUCGGGAGCCGAGUGACACUUCCGUGUCGGGUGCUUGACCAAAAGGGCCCCAUUCAGUGGACCAAAGAUGACUUUGGCCUUGGCGCCGUAAGAAAUCUCACUGGAUACGAACGCUACGCCAUGAUCGGUAGCGACGAAGAAGGUGAUUUUUCACUGCACAUAUUCCCAGUGGAGUUGGAAGACGACGGAAAGUACCAGUGUCAAGUGUCGCCUACAGACGACGGUCAGCCCGGUCUAAGAUCGAGGUUCGCCCGAUUAAGUGUUCUUGUACCACCACAAAAGCCGAAAAUCCUUCAGGGUGACUUUCUAGUUACUACCGAGGAUCGAGAGCUUACGAUGGAGUGCAUUAGUGUCGGUGGAAAGCCAGCAGCGGAUAUAACUUGGAUCGACGGUCUUGGCAACGUGUUACAUAAUGGAAUUGAAACAAUAAACGAAAAGUACGAGGACGGACCGCUUUUCACCGUGAGGUCUAUUCUUAAGGUGAUGCCGCGCAAGGAGCACGAUAAUACCACAUUUACUUGUCAAAGUCAAAAUGCUGCGGAUCGUACACCGCAAAAUGCUAAAUUACGUGUUGAGGUCCGCUACGCUCCAAAAGUCUCCCUGAAAAUCAGCUCGGGUUUAUCAAAGAGUGGCCAGAUAGUCGAAGGCUCUGAGUUGAGAUUCAAAUGUCGUGCAGAAGCUAAUCCCCCAGACAUGGAGUACAGGUGGUAUAUAAACGAGAAAACGGUAAUCGGUGACUAUACGACAGAGAUGAUAAUCCAUAACGCCACACGGGAACUUCACGAUGCUAUCGUAAAAUGUGAAGUUCACAACGAGGUCGGCAAGAGCGAGGAAACGGAAACACUGGAUAUAACUUAUGGACCGCAAUUUCGACGUCCACCGAUAUCCGUUGAAACGCAUUACGGCGCAACAGAGAUACUGCAGUGCGACGUGGAUGGUAAUCCAACUCCCGAAAUUCUGUGGAUUCACGAAGAAUCAGAUCGUACUGUUGCGACAAGCCCAAAUAUAAGCGUUGUCGUGAGUCCUGAAACAGCUGGACGUUAUUACUGCAAAGCCCAUGUUCCUGGUUUUCCUCAACUUAUCGGGUAUGCCAACAUCUUGAUUCGCGCACCACCGAGCAUCGUAUCACAAAGAAUCCAAUAUGUGCCCGAUGAAGGAGUAGUAAAGGUUAAAUGCACCGCGAUAUCAGUGCCAAAAGCUGAGUCUGUUGUAUGGAGUUUUGCUGGUCGUGAGCUUAAUUUCUCGUUCAACAAUACACCCUUCUCUGUCCAAGAGGAGUACACACCAGAAAGAGUUGUCAGCACUGUUACUCUUUUAGAGCCCAUAUCUACAUAUUUCGGGGAUUACAAUUGUACUGUUACAAAUAGCUAUGGCACAGAUACUGUCAUCAUUAAACUCACUACGCGUGCGUUGAUUCCAGUUGAUUGGCAACUUAUCCUGAUAAUCGUUGGACUGGUAGUCUGCAUCAUCCUCAUUGGCGUCAUUAUUAUUUUGAUACUACACUGUCGAGAUCGUAUUAAACAACCACGCCCGAGGUCUACUCAAGCUCAGGAGAAUGAUUUGCAAGAAACAGACUCGAAUCCGGAUCGUUACCGUGAAAGUGAUCGAAGCAGUAAUCUGUCGGACGUUAAAGCAGAUAUACGUGCUGGAUCUAGCGUGAGCAACGCUGAGAGCGUGACUGCUCUCGACAGUGAAGGUGAAGGAAGUACCAGGGGUGUAAAUGCUUUAGCUCUUGCUGGGCCAGUACCCAACCCAAUGGGUUAUCGAUACAGCGCCGACUACACGGAACCCUCAUUUCCACCCAAGAACAACGAUGGAAGUAACAAUAAUGGGUACGUACCGUAUGUGGAUUAUUCGAGAGACUAUAUGCCACCCAACACCCAGGGGAUGGGUGCUUCCCGCGAAUCCCUCAGUCGUAUACCCUCCAGCGGUAUAUUAGCUUCCAAGAAGAUAGGUCUAAGUUCAGCAAACUUGGGCACUAAUACAACACAGACGCCGCCAAUAAUUGAUCCACGGUUCUCGGCAACCUACGGCAAUCCUUAUCUCAGGAUGUCAGCGGCCGAGCAACUUAGACACGCGCCUCACACCGCAAUACCAGGGGUCACACCGGCUCCACCACCUUACACUCAAGCUAUGAGAAUGAAUAGUUUGAAUACACUGAAUGGUGCCGGGCCACAGGCCCCAUUAUCAGCGCACUAUAUAACGGGUGGUCCUAACGGUGGAAUAGCCACAGUGAAACGUACAUCAGGAAUUGGUACACUAGCAACGCAUGUAUGAGAUAAGGACUUUAACUAGAAGUUAGUGCGGUUUAGUGCCGAUAAAAAUAUUAUUAUCUACAACUGAUGAGUGGAUUGCGUUGGAUUUUAUAUCUACGGUAUGAGUUGAUAUAUAUUAUAAUAAAAUAAAAUAUAAGAUGACUAUUGUGUUAACGUGUUUGUCGACACUACUCGUACCGAGAAGUUAAAUGCCAUCAGAGUUAAGUGCUGUAUAAAGAGUAGACAAUGGUUUUGAUCUUAUUCAACAACAAGAACAACAAGUGAAUAAAUCUGUGCCUUUAUCAUCACCACCGACGUCACUUCAUAUACGUACAUGAAAUUAACACUCAAUAUCAGCACAGACCUAAAUCGUAAAUCAUAAUGAGAGAUUUACCCAUACAGAUACGUUUAAUUAAAUGCGGUGUAUUGUGUGUACAACAUUUAAGUAUCUACGGUGAUGUGAUUACGAUAAAAUACAUCUGGGUUAUUAUCAUGAUUAUACAUGUCAAACAAAUAGUUGGCAUACUCACCUUGGAAUAUAUGCCUGUGAAAAUGAUCGUAAGCUCAUCCGACAACGAUUUCUCGAUCUAUAUAUCUAUUAAUCGUCUAAUUAACCAUCAAGGAAUUCAUUAAGUUUAUUAAAUUAACGAUGAUAUGCAAAUGUCAAUCGAUAAUACAUGUAUGUCUAUAAUAUACACAGUAAAUCUCAUUAAGCUGUAAAUUUUCCGGGCAAUCGAACUAUCAUAUUAUCAACGUUUAAACUCUCUAUUAGAUGAGAUAUUUACUUAAUAACUUUGAUACUACCAGCAAACAUUCAAGACUUUGUAAUUAUUCAUCGAGAUAUUUAUUGAGGAUCAUACCAGACUAUUAUAACUGUUUAUUACCACCCUGAAAGGACAUUGCUAGUAAUAGUAACUGCAAUUAAUUCCUCGCGUUUACUUUACAUAAUUAUACACUAAAGUAAAUUAAAAAAAAAAAAAAAA